AUGGGUAGGGGGCUGCAGCCAGUGCCGGGGGGUGUAGUUGUGGGCACCGGCCCCUCCUAUGCACCCGGGGAGGGGGAUAUGGUGCGGGGUCACCCGGGGGGUCACCGCGGGAUGCCAGUGGUCCCGGUGACGGUGAAGGCUUACCCGCGGCUAUGGGCUGUCCCACCCCGGGGCCACGGUGAUACCGGGACCUGGAGUCUCCCAGACCCUGGGGUCACGCAAGACCGGGACCUCCCCAUGCCCCGGGGCCGGGCCGCCUACCUGGGUCAAGGUCGCGGCGGUCCGGUCCCGUCAGCGCCUCACCUGGGGAGGGCAGAGCAGGCGUCGGACGCGGGGCUGGGACCCCCCGGGACCCCGCGCCGCUCCGGGCCUCCCCGGCACCGGGCCCCUGCCCCGCGGCACCGCGACCCGCCCAGGCCCGGCCCCGCCGCGGCUCCCGCGUCCCGGACACGGCCCGGCCCGUGCCAUGACCCUCCUGGCUGCCCCCAAGGUUUUCUGGAGGAUGGGAUCCUGGUGCAGGACAUCAACCGGACACGGCGGCGCUACCUGUGCUCCUGGGCCUUCCCCUGGGACGUGGCAGCUGUGCUGCCCACCGAGCUGCUCUGCCUGCUCCCAGGGGUCCCGGGGGUCCCAGGGGUGCCUGCAGCACGUGCCAACCGCUGCCUGCGGGCGCCACGGCUCUUCGAGGCCUUUGACCGGUGUGAGACACGCACGGGGCGGCCCAACACCUUCCGCGUGGCCAAGCUGAUGAUGUACCUGGUGCUGGGCAUCCACUGGCACGGCUGCCUCUACUUCGCGCUAUCGGCGCGGCUGGGGCUGGGCGCUGACCCCUGGGUGUGCCCUGCCUUCGCACGCCCGCUGCGCCGAUACCUGCACAGUUUCUACUUCUCCACGCUGGUCCUGGCCAUGGUGGGCGACACGCCGGCGCCACAGCGCGAGGAGGAGUUCCUCUUCACCAUUGCUGGUUUCCUGCUGGCUGUGCUGGGCUUCGCCACCAUCACCGGCAGCAUCAGCGCUGUCAUCGCCAACCUCAGCGCGGCCGACGCCGCCUUCUACCCCGACGCGGGGCCGGUGCGGCGGUACCUGUGGGCGCGGGGCGUGGGCGGGCGGCUGGCGAGGCGCGUGGCGCGCUGGCACCAGCACCUGCGCACGCAGCGCAAGCUGCCGGCGGAGCGGGCGGUGCUGCAGCACCUGCCGCGGGGGCUGCGGGCCGAGGUGGUGGCCAGCGUGCACCUGCCGGCCCUGCGGCGCGUGGGGCUGUUCCGCGGCUGGGGGCACGAGGUGCUGCGCCAGCUGGUGCUGCGCCUGCGCCCACAGGUCUUCGGCCCCGGCGAGUUCGUGUGCCGGCGCGGGGACGUGGGCCGUGAGAUGUACUUCGUCCGCGAGGGCCGGCUGGCCGUGGUGGCCGAGGACGGCGUCACGCAGCUGGCCGUGCUGGGCGAAGGGCUCUACUUCGGGGAGAUCAGCCUCAUCAACAUCAAGGGGAACACAGCGGGGAACAGGCGCACGGCCAACAUCCUGAGCAUCGGCUACUCGGACCUGUUCUGCCUGGGCAAGGAGGACCUGGCCGAGGUGCUGGCCGAGUUCCCCCACGCCCGCACCGCCAUGGAGGCCAAGGGCCGGGAGCUGCUGCUGGGCAUGGGUCGGCUGGACACGGUCGCUGAGGCAGCAGCGGCAGCAGCCGAGGCCGAGGCUGAGCGGCGGCUGCAGGGGCUGGAGGUGGCCCUGGAGGGGCUGCAGACACGGGCGGCUCGGCUGCUGGCACAGCUGGAGGCCAGUGCCCUGCGCAUGGCCCUGCGCGUUCAGCGCCUCGAGGGGCAGCUGCACCUGAGGCAGCAGCAGGACGAGGCAGCGGGGAUGGCUGGGGCUGCAGGAAUGGCCACACCGCGGUGGCCAGCCAGGACACGGGGUCCUGCUGGAGGACAGGAGCCCCCCAGGACACAAAGUCCUGCUGGAGGACAGGGGCCCCCCAGGACACAGGGUCCAACCGAGAUGCAGGGUCCCCUCAGGGCCCGUGAUCCUGUCGGUGACUGGGAUCCCUUCAAGGUGCAGGUUGCCCCCAAGGCACAGGAUCCUGUUCAGGGACCAAGUCCUGCUGGAGGAUGGGGUCCCACUGGGGUGCAGGGUCCCUCCAAGGCACAGAGUCCUCUUGGGGAUCAAGGUCUGCCCAGGGCACAGGGUCCCCCAGUGACAGAGGAUACCCCAAUAGCACAGGGUCACAGUGGCACACAAGGUCCCCCCAGGUCACAGGGUACUCCCACGGUGUGGGGUCCCCUCAGGGCACAGGGUCCUCCCAGGACACGGGGUUCCACUGGGGCACAGGGUCCCAGUGGGGUGCAGGGUCACAGGGGGGCACAGGCUCCCCACAGGGCACAGGUUCCCCCCGGGGGCCGGGUUCCCCCUAAAGCACGGGGUCCUUCCAAAGCACAGGGACACCCUGGGGGAGGCGGCCCCCAUAGGAUGCAGGGUACCCCCAUGGCACAGGGUCCCUCUUGGUCACGGGGUUCCAGACAAGUGCAGGAAAUCCCCGGGGCUCGGGGUCCUGCGAGGGGUCGGGGUGCGGGGGGACCAGUCCCGCGGCGCUGAGGGGUCACCUGGGGGGCCACAGCAGCGAGACACCGACAGCUGCUGCCGCUGGGGAACGGGGAC